AUGAAAGCUGAAAUGGCUGCAGCUGGAGUUUCUGCUGCUGGUGUGACUACCAUAUCUACAUUCAUGGAAAGCCAUAAACCACAGAAAGGAGGGAAUCGUGCUGCUGGAAAAGCGGAAUUCGACGCUAUGCUUGCCACGCUCACUGAAGCCGAUCGUACUGCUUUCCAGAAGAUGAUGCAGAACAAGCCACCGAGAAUUGGAAAAUAA